AUGCUGGGAUGUUACCCUCCCGGUGAGCCAGUGUCUGAUGCCUCGCUGAGCGGACUCGAAAAGGCCUCCGCUUGCCGAACUGUCUUUUUAAGGGACCUUUUGCCCGAUCUCGUCCCUCUAUGCUACAGCCACAUCGGGCGCGUGGGCGGACCGCAGCCCCUGUCCCUGGGCUUCUUCUGCGUGCGCUGGUGGGACCAAGGCACCAUCUACCACGAGCUGCUCCACUCCCUCGGCUUCUUCCACGAGCACAACCGCCCCGACCGCGACAACUACGUGGAGAUUCUGUGGGACAACAUCUCGUCGGGCCAAGACAAGAACUUCAGGAAGCGGUCCUACUCCACCGUCGAACUCAUCGACCUGCCUUAUGAUUUCGAUUCGGUGAUGCACUACAACCCGUACGCCUUCUCCAAGUGGUACUUCUUGGCCCCAACCAUCAAGUCCAGAGCCAAAGGAGCGAGCUUCAAAAGGGCUAAGAAGCCUACCACUAGUGACUACAACAAAUUAAACCGACUGUACAGAUGCCGACGAGCCGGUCGGUUUCAUUACUCCCAUCUCGACGACCCCGGACCUUCUCCCCGAUGGUUUCAAGAAAAUGGCUUCAACAUCUCGGCCAUCGUUCCGCCCCCUCCGCCUCGCAACGCCUUCCGCAGAAGGAUCCGCGCUGGCUCCGAAAAGCUCCCGGCGAGGGCCGCCCGAAGGUCCACGACAGCACGAUUCCAUGGUCCAGCGCCUGAUGCGCGGAUCCAGGGCCUCACUUCUCAUCCGUGGUUCAAGAAUCGCAGUCCUACUCCAGGCACCCCGGUUCAGACACCCGGCAAAGGAUUCGGUGCUCCUGCGUCAGUCAGUGUCCAGGAUCCGGUUCGAGUUCAACGAUCCUCCUUUUAA